AUGGAGGAGGCAGUAGAGGGAACCAACAAGUGUCCAGUCGCUAGUGAAUCUGCCGCUUCCGUGUCCGCUGUCCUCCAAGAGGAGUUUUCAGCUGAUAAGAGUCUUCCUGCACCCACAGCACUGCCUCUUAGGCUGCCCUGCACCCACAGCAUUGACCACAAACAGCUAUGGGAGAAAGUUGAGGACAACACAGAGUUCUCAGUAGACAAAGAAGCAACUGUUGCCAUUUACACUUGGGAAGAUAAAAGUCCUUCAGUUCUGCCAUGCAUCCACAAUAACAACGACCACCAACUGCCAGAGGAGACAGUUGAGGACAACACAGAGUGCUCAGUUGACACCGAGGCAAGUGCAGUUGCACCCACUGUCAAGAGAGAGGAACUGACAGGUGAUAAAAGCCCUGUCCGAGCAAUUCCUCCAAUCCUGGGAUGCAUCCAUGACAAGGACCAAAAGGAGCCAGAGCAGAAAGUGAAGGGCCCUAGUGAAGAGGUGGAUCUCUGCCCUCACACUCACCAGCUGGACCCAGAUGUUAACUUAACUCUGGCAACCCGCAAUGAUGAACCCAGGACCUGGACCCUGGAAGAGGCAAAGGAUUAUUGGAUAGGCAUUGAUAUUGAGAGUGAAGAGAGGAGCGUCAAGGAGGAGGUGAGACAGAGGGAGGGAUUGAAGCGUGAGGCGGACUGUGCCCAUUCCAAGAGCUCCAAUGGGAUGGCUUCAUCAGAGAGAGCAGAGACCAUCCUUGGAAGAGUGGGCUUUCUGGUCAUGAACCACAUGCAGAAAAUUCCAUUUUUGAAGAUGAAGGAAAAAGAGAAAAAUAAGAAACUGCAUAAGAAGUUGAAAGAUGACGAGAAAGAGAGAAAGGAGAAGAAAAACAAGGAGGAGAACAAAAAGUGGGAGAAGAAAGAGAUGAAUGAGAGAGAGAAAGAGCAGAAGAAAGUCAUGAAGGCUGAGAAAAAGAGGGAGAAGUUAGAACAGAAAAAGAGAGAGAAGGAAAGAAAAGAGAAGGAAAAGGCAGAGAAAAGGAGAUUAGAGGGGCUGAUGAAGAUACAUAAUGACAUGAUGAAAGACAGGAUUAAGAAAGAGAAGAAGUGUUCUGAGGAGCUGAAAAAGAGAGAGAAAGCUCAAGCUGAGUUCUUGGAGAUGGAGAGAAAGAUUCAAGAAAAGGAGGAGAAGAAGAGAGAAAAGAGGAGGAAAGAGGAGAGGAAGAGACUCGAGAAGAAGAAAAAGAGGGAGCCAGCUGGAGGUGGAACUGAGAGGGUGAUAGAAGAGCAGGGAAAGGAUGAAAGCUUGAAGAUGGAUGAGUAGACUGGGUAUUAGAGAGAGAGAGCAGGGCGGGAUACUGUAUUUUUGCAUGCAAUGAAAAAUGCAAUUAAAAAAAUCUAUAAAAAAGGUUUACUCUGUUUGAUUUUUGUCAA